AUGCCGAAGGAAGUCAAGCAGAAGUCUGGCCUCAUCGUUGGCCUUAACGCCGGCCACAAGGUCACCCCUAGGACCCCCGCUCCCAGGAUCUCGAGGAGGAAGGGUUUCCUCUCCAAGCGCACUGCGUUUGUCCGUGAGAUCACCAAGGAGGUUGCCGGGUACGUCAAAGCUCGAACUUUCGCAGAGGGACUGCAGAACAGGUCAUCGAACAGCAUGCUAACUUCACGUGUCUACAGUCUUGCCCCAUACGAGAAGCGCAUCAUCGAAUUGCUCCGUAACUCCAAGGACAAGCGUGCCCGCCGUCUAGCGAAGAAGAGGCUCGGUACCUUCGGUCGCUCAAAGAGAAAGGUCGACGAGAUGACCAAGGUCAUCGCCGAGUCGAGGCGCGCUGGUCACUAA